UACUCUCAGUCAGGCCAACGUGAUGUGGUGCGAGUACUAGCAGGACCGACACAGUAUUGGUUUAACCGUACGCCGGUAUUCAGGGCACACAAAGAGGAUCAGUACAUCUUGUCUAAAGAAGAACAUACGACUUCCAUUUGUGACUGUCUUCCCAAAACAUCAAGAUGGAUUCGGGCUUCAUCACUCCUCUCUCUACAGUCAUGGACGAAACACUCAUUGCCAACAACUCCGAAGCCCACAACACCACCUGUAACACCCUGUAUGAACAUCGGAAAUACGCCAGGGUCCUCAUGCCUAUUUUCUACACGGUGGUGUUCAUCGUGGGUCUAUCUGGUAACGCCCUGGCCCUGCAUGUCAUCCGACCCAACCUGAAGAAGAUGAACUCGAGUACCUUGCUCUCUCUCAACCUGGUCAUCUCCGACCUCAUCUUCACAUUCUCACUGCCCUUCAGGGUGGUCUACUAUGCGCUGGGCUUCCAUUGGCCUAUGGGGGAGCAGUUUUGUAAGUUCACUGGCCUGAUCUUCUACAUCAACACCUACGCAGGGGUCAAUUUCAUGACCUGCCUCAGCAUCGACCGCUUUAUCGCCAUAGUUCUUCCGCUGCGCUGUGGCCACUACCGCACUCUCAGGACUGUCAAAUACGUAUGUAUCGGUAUGUGGUUGUACGUCCUCGCCCAGACACUGCCACUCAUUCGCAUGCCUAUGCUCCACAGGGAACCAGACAACUACACCACCUGCAUGGAGUACCCCAACUUUGACAUGCUACCCUACGUUGAGUUCAUACUGAUUGGUGCCGUCUUCAUGGGCUAUGGCAUCCCUCUGUUAGUCAUUCUGGUGUGUUACUCAGUGCUGUGCUCUAAGCUCCACCUCAUGGCCAAGACCAACCACCUGACAGAGAAGUCAGGUCGAAGCCGCAAGGCCAUCGGCGUCAUCUGCUGCGUGACGCUGGUGUUUGUCAUCUGCUUCAGCCCCUAUCACAUCGACAUCCUGCAGUACAUGAUCCGAAAGCUGGUGUCCGAACCCAGCUGCAAGGACCUCACCAACUUCCAGGUGUCUUUACACUUUACUGUGUGCCUGAUGAACCUCAACUCCUGCCUGGAUCCUUUCAUCUACUUUUUCGCCUGUAAGGGCUACAAGAGGAAGGUCCUCAAGCUCCUCAGGAUGCAGGUCAGCAUGUCCUUCUCAAGCGCAGCCCGGACAUCGCCCGAGGGCUCCUCCAAGGACAUCGAUAACAUGAUCCAACUCAGUGGCAGCACCAAGUACACCAACUGAAGAAGACGAAGAGGGGGAAGGCCAACGGGCCAUGAGAAGAUUCUCCUAUGAACUUUGCAGGGAUACAGAGGAGAAAUUGAGCGUUAUGCUAGUCCACAGGGGCCGAUUUAGGUUUUUUAUGCUGUUUAUUUUUCCUCCGAUGCUCUGCUGUAAUCAGGACGGUGAACUAAUGACUGAACAUUUGAUUGUAACAUUUAAAUUUAUACAGAGACUAAAAGAGAUACCAUAGAAAACCCAACUGUUUCCCCCAAGAAUCUCAUCCUCACCAAAUAGAAAGGAUGGAAUGAAUGGGGUUUUAUGCAUCAAAGUGCAGGUGUCUGGGUGGCGUGAUGGUCUAGUCCGUUGCCUACCAACAUGGGGCUCACCGGUUCGAAUCCCUGUGUUAUUGCCGGCUUGGUCAGGCGUCGCUACAGACACAAUUGUGUCUGUUUUUUUCAGUGUGCACCUUAUCGUCCCACUUUCAGUUUGUCACCUUCGAGAGAGAAUUGACACAUUUAAAGAAAAAAACAGACAUUUUGGUUUGGUGCGAGGCCUCUUUUUAUUCUAAUAUUAUGCUCCAGCCGUCUUUGCAGUUUUUCUUUUUCUUUUACUGUACAGUUGUUACUGUUUUGGUAGGGAGAUCCAUUAUGGAGUAAUGACAAGUAGUUACAGUCUCCUAAUCAAGUUCCUCAGCAAAGACUCUUCUGGUUGAUUCGUGGGAUCAGCUGUGUAACUGCUUGGUUGGAACAAAAACCUGCACCCACACCGGCACUUUCUGGAUAAGCUUGCCCACCCCUGUUCUAAAGUAUAAAAAUAAGUGUUGAUUUUGUGGUCAUGGUCAACAAGCACUUCACAAUGAUCCUCAAAUCUGGAAUCAUGGAAAUAUGUGAAUUUAUGUAUCUACUAAUUUCUGACUCCGAUGCUUUGGGUAAAAGCAUCUGUGAAAUGAGUAGGUGUAAAUGUAACCUUACUGGUCUCAGAUCAGCAUUCCUACAAUUCCUUCAAAAGAUCUUACAAUUACAGAACCUGAGUUUGUAUCUAGAUUUGUCAUUACUCCAUAAUGGAUCUCUCUACC